AUGCCCGUCUACCACGUUGUCCUCUUCCGCCUCAAGCCCGGCGUGACUUCCGCCCAAGUCGCAGCCUGGAAAGAGGUCUGCCAGGGAAUGGUGGGGAAGAUCCCAGGCUUGCAAUCCAUCCAGAGUGGACCGCCAUUGCCGAUUAGUAUUCCCCGCGCCCAGGGCUUCGACAUGGCCCUCAUUGCGGUUUUGGAUACCCCGGAGCAUAUUGCUACUUAUGCCGUGCACCCGGCUCAUCUGGAGGUUCACAAGAUACGCGAGGAGCUUUGUGACGAUACACUGGCUUAUGACCUUGAGUUCUAG